GUCCGAGGGAUCUGCCCCUCGGCUCGGGCGGCGGCGUAAGGCAGCGGGGGAGCUCUGGACCGAGAGCGCAGCCUCCGAGAAGCCGAGGGCGACGGCCGCGCCGAGCCUAGCCAAGAGCGCGCACCACCCCGGAGACGCCAGGCACGCUCGGCAGCCGCUACCGUCGCCCGCCUUCCUUUCCGUUUCCCGGGAAGGCCGCCAUGGCCGCGCCCGCCGCCUCGCUGGAAGACGGUCUGGAGGCCCGCCGCCCAGGCUCCACACAAGAACCUGUUGUGGAAACUGCAGAAGAAGCCACAGAGCCAGCAGAAGCUGAUAUUAAUGAACUUUGUACGGAAAUGUUCAAUAAAAUGGCAAUCUACCUAACGGGUGAACUGACUGCAACUAGUGAAGAUUACAAACUCCUGGAAAACAUGAACAAACUAACUAGUUUGAAGUAUCUGGAAAUGAAAGACAUUGCUAUAAACAUAAGUCGGAAUUUGAAAGACUUAAAUCAGAAAUAUGCUGCACUUCAGCCAUACCUGGAACAAAUCAAUCAGAUUGAAGAACAAGUUGCAGCUUUGGAACAGGCUGCCUACAAGCUGGAUGCAUAUUCCAAGAAACUUGAAGCAAAGUACAAAAAAAUGGAAAAGCGAUGAAAGAAGGGUCUUAAUCUGCUUCUAGAAUACAUGACUUUUUUCCAGGAAGCAAAAUUCAAGAUUUCUGCUAUUGAACUUCUGAAACAGAAUUUAUGCCUCAGCAAUGCAUUUGGACUAAAAUAAUCUAAGAACAUUCAAAAGUAACAGAGGCUACACAAGUCUAUGAAUUAACUACUUUUGUCAUUGUAGAGUCUAUUCCCUUUUUAUUUUUUUGAUAUUCAUUUACUGAGAACAUAGAAAUCACUUUUAACUGCUUCAAUUCUACCAGUGUAAUUUUUAUAAGUUUAUGUUAUGAAGCAAAAAAUUGGUCACUUCUGCACUCUGUAAAUCCUGUCACUUGUAAAUCAAAAUUUGUUGUCUCCUGAUUGCCACUAAAAUACCAUAGCUUUGCUAAAAACAUA